CAGUGUGUUCAGUUGUGUUUUGGCUUCGUAUCCUGUCGCUCUCGUUUUGCGCUUACCUGAGCCACUUUCCAGUUUCCACAAUCGAGUGGAUUUUGAGCGGCGGCUGCAAACUUAACAAAAACAAACUAACCAAAAAAAAACCAAACCAAUUAACUUGUCUUUCCAAACCAAAUAGCCAAAGAAGUUAAACAACCAAAAAUAUACAAAAAGUGUGUGCAAAAUAAAAAGCAAUAGAAACAAGUUUAAAUAGUUUCUACAUUUAUAACUAUUUCAUAUUGCUGUAGUGGUUGCGUUCACCCUGUGGUGGCGCUUUUAUUGAAUAUCCUUCCUAAUCCUGUGCUGUGCUGUGGCACCAAACGGCUUCAAAAUUAACUACUCAAAGUAUCACCACAACGCUAUGUCCUUAUCGGCCAUAGCCAAGCCGAUACUUUAUUCGUAUUGGCGCAGCUCGUGCUCUUGGCGCGUGCGCAUUGCCAUGAACCUGAAGGAGAUACCAUACGACAUCAAGCCAAUUAGUCUGAUCAAAUCGGGAGGCGAACAGCAUUGCAAUGAAUAUCGUGAAGUUAAUCCUAUGGAGCAGGUGCCAGCUCUUCAAAUUGAUGGACAUACUUUGAUUGAAUCGGUGGCUAUUAUGCAUUAUCUGGAGGAGACCCGCCCCCAGCGUCCAUUAUUGCCACAAGAUGUACAUAAGCGAGCAAAGGUACGGGAAAUUGUCGAGAUUAUCUGCUCGGGCAUACAGCCACUGCAGAAUCUGAUUGUGCUGAUCCAUGUGGGUGAAGAGAAGAAGAAAGAAUGGGCACAGCAUUGGAUAACACGUGGUUUCAGAGCCGUCGAGAAGGCCCUCUCCACCUCGGCUGGCAAAUACUGUGUAGGUGAUGAAAUCUCUAUGGCCGAUUGCUGCCUGGUGCCGCAGGUUUUCAAUGCCAGAAGAUUCCAUGUCGAUUUGCGUCCGUAUCCAAUUAUUUUACGCAUCGAUCGGGAGUUGGAAAGUAAUCCAGCUUUUCGAGCUGCCCACCCAUCCAAUCAGCCGGAUUGUCCGCCGGAGCUGCCCAACAAAUAGAAUUUUCCGACGACAACUGCAAAACGCCGUAAAACGAAAAAGUGAAUUGCAGUUUGUAAAGUUCCAAUACAAGCAAACAUAUAAUCUAUACUGUAACAGUGGAGUUGAGUAGUGAAGAGAAUCUUUGAUUUGAUUCUGGAUCUAGAUCAGGGGUAAAACAGACGAAAAAUUUGGAUGCGGAUGUGACCAGCUUAGCAGAGAUUUGAUUAGGCAGAAACAGUCGGAUGUGAUUAAAAAAUUUGCUAACAGCAUUUAACUAUGCAUAAAUGCAUAAAAAUACUAUCGGUUUAACAUGAAUUACAAAUGAAACAAAUUUUUAUUUGGCAUUCAAAACAAAAAUAAAAAUACAAAAAAAAAUAAGAAAACAAACGAAAAUAAAAACAAAAUUUUUGAAAAAA